AUAAGUUCCACUAUGAAAUUAAUAAUUAUAGUAACCAUUAUUUUGCUGAUUUAUUUCCAGUACUGUAUCGGUUGGAAACCUUUUUCGUUAAAUACUAAAAAAAAUGUUAAUAAUAACGACAACAACGACAAUACGGACACAGAUGUCGAUGACGUUCAUCUGAAAUCAGCCUUAACUCCAACAACAACAACAAAGACUUUAAAAAAACGACUAUUGAUUGGCAAACCGCCGCCAUUUAAAGUCUUAAAUAAGAAACAGUUAACUGAAAUACAUAACAAAAACGAUGAAAAAGAUAGGGUUUUGCGAUCAGACGAUGACGUCGAAGAUAAUGAAGAAGAAGUUGGAACUGAAGAAUCGCAAACUAAACCAACGGCUGGACUAAAGGGAUUUUUAGGAAAACUUGUUAACAAAAAGAAAGAAGAGUCGCAAAAUAAUAAGGUGUUCAUUGAUUUAGAAGAAAAUAUGAGUAAAACAGAAAAACUUAUGGCAAGAUUUAAAAGGUUACAGGACGAUAAAAAUAAGAGCUGUUACGGCGAAUUAGGCUGUUUUCGUGCGUCCGACUUUAAUGAAUCGGCCCGUACUCUACCAUUGGUACCGAUGCCACUGUCGGCUAUUGAUCCGAAAUUUCAUUUAUAUACAGCCGAACACCGGACUAUUCCACGAAACUAUUCAUACAAUGCUUCGUCCUAUACAUUGAAAUACAGUUCAUUCAAUCCAAACUUUAGGACAGCUAUUAUAACACACGGGUUUCAAUCGGGUUAUUCACUUUGGCUGGAGUUUAUGAAAGAUUUUAUAUUUUUCAAAAGCAAUGAUACAUUUAAUGUUGUUGUUGUUAUUUGGGAAAAAGGUGCAAAAACAGCAUAUAACCUGGCUGCAACAAACACCCGACUAGUAGGCGCUUGUAUAGCACAUUUUGUCGGAAGAUUACGGGAAACAUUUAACGUCACUAACGAUAGAUUUUGGCUAAUUGGGCACAGUUUGGGCGCCCAUACCAUGGGCUAUGCCGGCAAAAAAAUACACGAUCCCAAAGUCUAUCGCAUUACGGGAUUGGAUCCGGCAGGUGUUGGUUUUCAUUUUAAAAACGGUGCCUUACGUUUGCAUAACAGUGACGCUCAGUUAGUCGAUGUUAUACAUACCGAUGGGUCCAUAUCGUUUACCGAUGGUUUUGGUACUAAUGAAACGUUAGGACAUUACGAUUUCUAUCCAAAUGGAGGCAAUUUACAACCGGGUUGUGCCCCGUCUUUCGGUUUGAUUAAAAAGUUGAGUACAAUUACAGAAGGAAACGAUAUUACGUGUUCGCAUUCAUUUGCAUACAAUCUGCUUAAUAACAUAGACAAACCGGACGAUAUGUGCAGUGCUGUUGCCUAUCAGUGCGAAAAUUUUGAAACAUUUAUAGAGGGCCGGUGCGCCAGUUGUGAUGAUAAUAAAUGUCAGCCAAUGGGCCUUAAUAUGGACUAUUGGCUAACAAAUAGCAUUAUCGAUGAACAAACUAUUGGCAAAUUGUAUUUUGUGACAACUGCUGCCAAAAUCGAUGGCAUAGACGUUGAAUAUUGCAUGUAUCAUUAUCAAUUUGGUAUACAUAUAUCCAAAGACUCUGAUUCUUCAACUGGUGUAUUGGUAUUCAGGAUCAACUCGACGAUAACCAAUGCCGAUGGCGGCGGCGAUUAUAUACAGGCACUGAAAGUACACCGUAUUAUGACAUCAACCGUACAGAAUAGGGUCCACACAUUCCUGUUGACCACUUCGUUCAGGAUUACGAAAAUACAUUCAAUAAGUGUUGAAUGGCGCCGGUAUAACGGGCACUGGGCUAAUGGUAACGGCAGAUUCAAUAGAGGAUUCAAACUAAAGAUACCGGUCAUCGAAAUCAAUUAUAUGAGUAGUAUUGAUAAAAGCGUUAGAGACGAUUCAUCGACAAUAAUGUGUCCGCAAACGGGACCGCAAACCCAGAUCAUUGCCAACAAACCGCAGAUUCCAUACACACAAUGUUCGCCCGAAUUAUCGACCGAAUCACGAAAACUCUAUUCCCGUGAUAUGAUUCCGUUUACAUAUCGGGAGGAUCUCUGGGCUAUUGAUUAUUUGAAUUUAUAUCCAGUAUAUCCUAAAAUAAAAUCAUCAAUGUUUAGUGAUAUAAAAUUCAAAAAAUUGCAAUCCUAUUUAAAAAAAGAACUAACUGAACCAUAAAUUUUUUUUUAAAAAAAAUUAAUUAAUUAAAAAUUUUAUAUUAAUUAUUAUC